AUGAAUAGUAUGAAUUACAAAAAUUUAUUUUAUAAUAAUAUAUUUAAUCUAAAGAAAAAUAAUAGAUUUUUGCUAAUUAAUAACAAAUUUUUUGUAAAUGUAAAGAAUUUAAAAUAUAACGAUAGAUUAAGAAAAAAAUAUGACUUUUUUUAUUCCAUAAAAAGAGGUUUUUCUAUAUUAACUUGUGAUGAAAUAGAUGAAAUGUGUAAUAAGAAAUGUAUAAAAAAUAAAAUAGUACAUAAAAGUAGGGUUAUGCCUAAAAAUAUAUCAUAUAAUAAGAAAGAUAGAGAUAUGUAUAAUGAUAAAAUUUUUGAUUUACUAAUUGAAUUAAAAAAUAAAAGAAAUAGGGAUAUUGUAAAACUUAAAAAAAUAAUUACCUAUGUUUUUAAAAACAUAACAUAUUAUAAUUUAAAAGAUAUAACGAGAAUUUUAUAUUGUAUAUAUUUUUUUAGCAUUAUUUUAAAAAAGGAAGAUAUAUAUAGAUUAAUAGAAAGACUUAAAUUAUUAACAUUUAAUAAUAAAGAAGAUAGUCUUGAUGAAUUAACUUUGAAUUUGUUAAGAAUAAGAAUACCCAGAGAAAAUAUAGAUGAGAAACUAAUAUAUAUUUUAAAUAAUUUUUUAAAUAAUUUGUUACUCAAAAUAUUAUCUUAUAAUAAUUUUAAUGAUUAUUUUAUAAAGGAGAUACAAUUAAUAUAUCUUCAUGAUUUUUCAUCAUGGAUUAACAAAAAGUAUUUAAAUAUAUCAGUUAAAACCUUUUUACAAUCUUAUAGAAAUUAUUUAGUAAAUCAAAAUAAAAAUUUAGAUUAUCUUUUUAUAAAUGAAGUUAUAAAUAUUUUAACGGAUUUAAAUUGUAUUAUAAAUAAUUUAGUAAUGUAUAAUUAUACUAUACCUAUUUAUAUAAAAAAUUUUAAUUUAAUAAUUGAAUGUAUAUCAGAGAAAAAUACAUUUUUGGAUUCAUUACUCAUUACUCCAUAUUUUUUACAAAGAUACAAUUUAUUUAAAAAGUUAAAUUAUAAAGUUCUACUUUUGUAUAAACAGUUACUACCACAAAAUCAAGAAGAAAAAAUAGCUUUUAUUAAAAAUUCCAUAUAUGAUAUUAUUAAAUAA